AUGGAGGGCUGUGGUAACAAAUCAAAGAUAAUUGGCGCUCGCUCGUAUAUCGUUGAUAGUAAGGAACUUUCUGCUAGGGAUACAGUUGGGCAUGAGACUCAUGUCGCAUCAGUAUUAGCCGGUAACCAAGUGCGACACUCAAGCUAUCAUGGUCUAGCACAUAGAAUUGCUAGAGGAGGAGUUCCCUCAGCACGACUAGCUAUUUAUAAAGCCAUUGCUGAUGGGUUUGAUAUUAUAUCGAUCUCACUUGGAAAUGACGAUCCACUCGAACUUACUUUUGACCCAAUUGCGAUUCGAGAAUUUCAUGCAAUCGAGAGGGGCAUUCUGACGGUAAAUUCUGCAGGAAAUAAGGGUCCUUCUAGAGCUUCUAUCAAUUCAUAUGCUCCAUGGAUCUUUACUGUGGCAACAAGUGAUAUUGAUAGAAAAAUUAUCGACAAGCUCCUUCUCGGAAAAGAUGCAACUCUAGUGGUGAGUAGCUAUAGGAACUAUGUUAUCGAAUGCUUAGAGAGUAGUUUGAUCGAUCAUAAAGUAGUUCUUUGUGACCAGGAGCCCAUCUUGGAGGAAGUUAAAAAAUCUAGAGCUAGUGGUUUUAUCUACCCAAGUCUUGAUAAUUAUUCUAUGGUCAUGCCAUUGCCUGUUGUAGCCCUAAGUAGAGAUGAUCUUAACUCGGUCAAAAAAUUCAAAAAGUCUACCACAGAACCUCUGGUCCAAAUUUUAAGAAGUGAGCCUGUUGACAAUCCAGGUGCUCCCUUUGUUGCUCCAUUUUCUUCUCGAGGGCCUCGUAUAUAUAUGCAUGAUAUGAUAAAGCCGGAUAUAAUAGCCCCCGGUGUUGAAAUUCUAGCGGCCUAUUCAUCGAUAGGCUCGCCAUCUGGAAUUACAUGGGACAAGAACUUCGUGGAAUUUAGUAUCUUAUCUGGGACAUCUAUGGCUUGCCCCCAUGUUGAUGCUGUUGCAGCCUUUGUAAAGUCUUUCCAUCCUGAGUGGUCUCCUUCUGCAAUCAAAUCUGCUCUAAUGACUACCGCGUGGGAAUUAAGUGCUUCCCUAUACUCGGAAGCUGAAUUUGCAUAUGGGUCUGGGCACAUUGAUCCUUUAAAGGCCACAACUCCGGGACUUGUCUAUGAAACUUCUUUUCAAGAGUAUCUUAAGAUAUGGUGCAACAUAUCUCGAUCAACCCCAGGAAGCGUGAUCCCCACAAGUUCUAGUUGCCCUACAAAGUCGACUGCUAAAGAUAUAAAUUACCAUUCGAUGGUAGUUCAAGUAAAAGUGGGGGCUUCAUUUGCGGUGGCUUUUCCUAGAACCGUGACAAACGUUGGUCGAGCCAAUUCAACGUAUGUUGCACAUAUAGAAGGAGAACCCUCAAAGUUGCAUGUCAGUGUGGAGCCCGACACUUUUAUGAGUGAUCAAGGUCCGUCAGACGCUGAUCGUCAAUUGUCUAGUUCUCCUAGAGAAGAAGGAACUUCCUCCCAGCCUACCCCUUCGGGGUAUUCAGCUGACACAGAAAAGGGGAUUUUCAUACUUAAGGCGCAAUUCGAAGAGCCAUUCCCUACCAAAAAGAGAGGUUGGUUCAGUCGGGGAGCACAUGAGCGUAGGAAGAGAAUGAGGAAGUUACAGCAGCAACGAGCUUUAGCAGCUGCAAAUAGGGAGAUGAAUGCUCAGACUGAGGACAUAGUCAAUAGGCGAUUGUAA